AGCCUUUGACGCGCGCGCGCUACUCUUUCCUUGACUCCAUGUCCCAUCAUGCCUUGCGGGCCGCCCGCGAUUCAGGCAAGCGCUCCCUUCGCCCUGAGGCUCCCUGGGGGAUGUAGUUUCUCCGCCGUGGCCUGCCCUGCCUGCGAUGCAACCCGGACCAUGGCUUCCGCGGGCUGCAGUAGCAGCAGCAGCAGUCUGGAUCUCUUAGGCGCCGGGGAGGUGGAGCGGCCGCACCCGAGGCCUUUCCUGAUCGGGGAGGGAGGCACCGCCAGCGGCAAGUCGACAGUAUGCGAGAAGAUCAUGGAACUCCUGGGUCAGAACGAAGUGGACCAUCGCCAGCGGAAGGUGGUCAUCCUCAGCCAGGACCGGUUCUACAAGGUGCUCACGGCUGAGCAGAAGGCCAAAGUCCUGAAGGGGCAGUACAACUUCGACCACCCAGACGCUUUUGACAACGAGUUGAUGCAGACGACCUUGAAGAACAUUGUGGAUGGCCAGACAGUUGAGGUCCCAACCUAUGACUUUGUGACUCAUUCCAGGUUGCCUGAGACGACCGUGGUCUACCCCGCAGACGUGGUUCUCUUUGAGGGGAUUUUGGUGUUCUACAAUCAAGACAUCCGGGACAUGUUUCACCUCCGCCUCUUUGUCGACACGGACUCAGAUGUGAGACUCUCCCGGAGAGUUCUCCGGGAUAUGAAACGGGGAAGGGACCUGGAACAGAUUCUGACCCAGUACACGACUUUUGUCAAGCCCGCCUUUGAAGAAUUCUGCUUGCCGACCAAGAAAUACGCUGAUGUGAUUAUCCCUCGAGGAGUAGAUAACAUGGUUGCCAUCAAUCUCAUUGUGCAGCACAUCCAAGACAUCCUGAACGGAGACCUCUGCAAGUGGCACCGCGGGGGCCCCAAUGGGCACGCCCGCUCCUCCAAGAGGCCUUUCCCGGAACAAGUGGACAGCAGCCCCGUCCUGGCCCCUGGCAAACGGUCCCACCUGGAGUCCAGCAGCCGCCCCCACUAACGGGGUCUGUCCAGAAGAACCCAGGGCCCCAACCGCUGGACUCGAGAACCAUCAGAGGCUUGGAAGGGCCCCGUGGAUGUCUCUCCUGUGUUUGGAAGCUCGACUGACAGGGGGGCAGGUCUUCUUCCGGAAGCAGCAGGGCGUU